UUCAAAAUGGUCCAAACGUGAUCAUCGCUCCUCACUCUCAACUCUCCACCUCCAUCUCACUGAGUAAGGGAAGCCCACUGACGCAGUGUAGUCGCCCAUCCCUGAGUAGUUUGUCCUGUUCCAGUGGAAGGAAGAAGAUGUGGAUGCGACUGUAUACAUGUUGCUGCCUGCUGAUGCUCAUCCGUUGUUCUGCUGUGUCAGCGUAUGAAUGCGACUCCAGUCAGCUGAAGUGUGCAAACGGCAGGUGCAUUACCCGCAGGUGGAUUUGUGACGGGACAGACGACUGUGGUGAUGGAACCGAUGAACUACCUGAAACAUGCGCGGCCAAAAUGUGUCGCGAUACAGAGUUCAGCUGCGGUGGCCCUGAGCGUCAGUGUGUACCGCAGGGCUGGCAUUGUGAUGGCGCAGAUGACUGCAACAACGGCGCAGAUGAGAAAAACUGCACAAUAAAGCAGUGCACGGACAACCAGUUCCGCUGCACCACGGGACAGUGUCUAUCCUCCAACUAUGUGUGUGACCGUGACAACGACUGUCCCGAUGGCUCAGAUGAGGCUUUCUGCCCGAAGACGACGUGCAGCCCAGUGGACUUUCAGUGCAACAACUCAAUGUGCGUACACGAUAGGUGGCGCUGCGAUGGUGACAAAGACUGCACUGAUGGAUCUGAUGAGUGGCCAGAGAACUGUGCGGACAAGCAGCCUGACAAGAAGACUUGCGCGUUGAAUGAAUUCCAGUGCGCUGAUGGCGAUUGCAUACACGGCACCUGGCGCUGUGAUGGCAGCUCGGACUGCCAGGAUCACUCAGAUGAAGUCAACUGCACUCGCCCUACUUGUCGCCUUGAUGAGUUCCAGUGUAGUGACGGUGCCUGUAUCUAUGGCAGCCGUCAGUGCAACAAAGUGCACGACUGUUCAGACGGUAGCGAUGAGUUGGGCUGCGAAGCAGAAAAUGCCUGUGAUGGCCCCACUCAGUUCAAGUGUCUCAGCGGGGAGUGCAUCAGCAUGACGAAGGUGUGCGACAGUCAAAGAGACUGCCGAGAUUGGUCGGAUGAACCAGCUUCUGAGUGCCACAACAACGAGUGCUUGAGUGGAAAUGGUGGCUGCUCCCAUGGCUGUACAGAUCUGAAGAUCGGCUACAGCUGUUCCUGCCCUGCAGGAUACACACUGAAGGCGGACAAAAAAAACUGUGAAGACAUCGACGAAUGUGCAGAGCCGGAUAUUUGCAGCCAGAUUUGCAUCAAUGAGCCCGGAACCUACAAGUGUGAUUGUAAAGAAGGCUAUGCCAUGGAUCCUGUUAGGAAGACCUGCAAGGCUGAGUCAGGCACCACCCCCACCCUAUAUUUCACCAACAGACAUGAGGUCAGGAAGAUGACAUUGGAUCGCAGCGAGUAUGUGUGUGUAAUGGACGGGCUGAAGAACGCAGUGGCUCUAGACAUUGACAUGCCCAAUAAGAUUAUCUUCUGGUCAGACCUUUCCCACAAGAAAAUCUACAGCUCCAAGAUAGACAUGGCCGCCAACUUAUCUCAGCACACCGUGGUGAUUGACACUGGAAUCGAGGCCCCAGAAGGGCUUGCGGUCGACUGGAUCCAUGGCAAUAUCUACUGGACCGACAGUUCUUUGCACUCCAUUUCCGUGGCAACAACAGAUGGCAGCAAGAGGAAGACACUGAUCACAGACAACCUGCAGAAGCCAAGAGCCAUUACAGUGGAUCCACUGAACAACUUCAUGUACUGGACUGACUGGGGCAAAAAGGCAAGGAUAGAGAGGAGUGGCUUGAAUGGAGCCGACCGCAUCACCUUGGUUUCGGACAACAUUGUGUGGCCGAAUGGAAUAACCCUUGACAUGGUCAACCAGCGACUCUACUGGGUGGACUCCAAGUUGCACACACUCUCCAGUGUAGAUGUGAAUGGAGGGACCAGGCACACUGUCAUUCUGAAUCAAGAAAAGCUCGUACACCCCCUCUCUCUGACUGUUUUUGAGGACAAAGUGUUUUGGACAGACACAAGCAACGGGGCAGUUUUGAGCGCUAGCCGUAAGACAGGAAGAGAUAUUAAGGAGAUGGAAAGAGACCUGGACCACCCUGAAGACAUUGUCCUCUACCACAACCUCAAGCAGCCAAGCGGUCCAAACUGGUGCACAGGGAGUAACACUAUGAACGGAGGCUGUGAGUACUUGUGCCUUCCUGCCCCUGUCAUCAACCAACACUCUCCUAAAUACACCUGCGCCUGCCCUGAUCACUUGACCAUGGCGCCCGACAUGAGGAAAUGUGUGGCAGACUCUGUUGCGCCUCCUGCUGUAGGCAACAAUAGUGAUCCAAACAACCAGGCUGUUACUACAACCAUAGAGGCUAAAACAACCACGAAGACCUCAACUAUUAAAGCCCUGAAGCCCAACGUCUCCUCUCUACAGCCUUCUGUCAAUAGACAUAUUGAUGUGCCUGCAGAGGCAGAGUCGUCCCACCCUGCAGCUCUCUACAUUGCAAUUCCAACUGUGGUCCUGAUCUUGCUGGUGUUUGGUACAGUGUUGCUAUGGAGACACUGGCGACUGAGGAACACAAACACCAUCCACUUUGUCAAUCCUGUUUAUCAGAAGGCCACGGAGGAUGAGGUGCACAUAUGCCGAAACAACCCGGAAGGCUACGUGUAUACUCAGAGACAAACCCUUUGUAUGGAGGAUAUUGAUGUGGCUUGACCCUGAACGUGUAAAAGUGAAGGUUUUGAGGGGGGUUUCCAGCACAAAAAUAAGGCCAUGUUUCUUUUUCAACUUCAAUCUUCCAAAGAAGCACCAAACUUUACAUCUAUGGAUUAUAUGAAUGAAAGGGGUGGGGCAUGCCCGCAGGAUGCCAUCAAGUCAAACCUCAACAUAUCUUCAGAAUCCAAAGAUUCAGAAGAUGAUACUUUUACUUGCACAGCUUAUGUCUGAAUGUACUUGCUACGUAUUCAUAUUUAUUAUUACCUGGCACCAACAUGUAAUCAUUGGUGCUGCAUGUAAGACUGUCCAAUGAUUGUAUGCAAAGUGAAGAAGUCGAUGUGUUGCACAAAAGCAACUUGAUAACGCAGAUCUCUGUCCUAAUAUACACGUGUGCCUUCGAUACAUUUGCUAGGAGUUCACUUCCCUCCAAUGCCUUGUUAAUGCUCAGAGUAGCAACUGUGAUAGUUAACACUCCCUGGCUCUUUAGCCCCGACUUGAUGACCUUAAUGAAUGUUAAGACUGCAAGUACUUAGUUUAAAAAAGGAAAAGUGUCUUGCAACAUUGUGAAGGCUUCUAUGUGAGAGUAACGAAUGGUGGUUUACAUUGCAAAUGCUUAAAGCUGCUGAAUCUCUUGAUAUCAACAAAGGUGAAAAACAUGUUUUAAAAAAAGAUGUCCAAUGUGACACCUGCUGCUGUAAAUAAGUGUAGAUUGUUUGAAGGACAUUGACUUUGUUACUUUUUUCUGUGUUGAACUUGAAUCAGGAAAUAGUGUCUAUAGAUUGGGAUUAUUUAUUUAUGAAGUUGAUAUUGGAGAGGUUAUUGAUUUGUUGUGGUAUGGCUGUAAAUAUAUAAAUAUUAAAAAUAUAUAUAUUGUACCGGAGUUACACUUUUUUUAAUUUUGAAAAUGAUUUUUAUCCUUGAUCUUAUUGGAUACUGGAUGUUGCACCAUUCUAAAGGAUUUCUAGCAUGCUGUAGAACAAGCUAAACUAGAUUAGCAUGUUGAGCAUUGGGUCUGUCUAUUGAGAAAUAACGUAGGACAUUCAACUUUUUUUUAAACUUACAAAGAUAAUUAAAUAUACACAAAUUUUACAGUCUUAUUCCACUUUUUGUUUCAUUUCCAGUUACAAGCUAUCCCAAUCACUUAAACGCAAAAGGCUAUUAAUAAUUUUGGCCUUGAAGUUUGAUACUAACUCCUAUUCAGUCCACCUUUCACACUGUGCAGCUGUUAUUUAAUAUUUUUGUCAUUUUUAUAGAGAAAACUGUUUGUUACACCAGUCUUUUUUUUUUUUUUUUUUUAGUGACAACAACCACUGUUAUGCAUCUUGUGAGUAUCACUUUGUUUUCACUGUGAAAUAACAGGCACAUACGGUAGAGUGGAAAGAAGAGUGUUGUGUACUUGUUGCACAGCACAUUGCUUGUUUGUUUAUUCCCAUUGCUCUGAGCUGUCAAUUGCUUUUUUUUUUUAAUAAAAUA